AUGGGCGUGGAGAGCGGGAAGAACGGGCUUGCGACGUAUUACCGAGGAGCAAUCGAGCAGAUCGAUGUGAACCUCAGAGAGAAGACCAAGAAUCUUCGCCGGCUUGAGGCCCAGCGAAAUGAGCUGAACGCCAAAGUGCGGGCGCUGAAGGAGGAGCUGCAGCUGCUGCAGGAGCCGGGGUCGUACGUGGGCGAGGUGGUCAAGGUCAUGGGCAAGACUAAGGUGCUCGUCAAGGUGCACCCGGAAGGCAAGUACGUGGUGGACGUGGACAAGGGCAUCGACCUGACGAAGCUGACGCCCAGCACGCGUGUGGCGCUGCGCAACGACAGCUACGUGCUGCACCUGGUGCUGCCCAGCAAGGUGGACCCGCUGGUGUCGCUCAUGCGCGUGGAGAAGGUGCCCGACUCCACCUACGACAUGAUUGGCGGGCUGGACCAGCAGAUCAAGGAAAUCAAAGAGGUGAUUGAGCUGCCCAUCAAGCAUCCAGAGCUGUUUGAGAGCCUUGGAAUUGCCCAGCCCAAGGGAGUGCUGCUGUACGGACCCCCUGGCACGGGCAAGACGCUGCUGGCUCGGGCGGUGGCGCACCACACGGACUGCACGUUCAUCCGCGUGUCGGGCUCAGAGCUCGUGCAGAAGUACAUCGGCGAAGGCUCUCGCAUGGUGCGCGAGCUCUUCGUCAUGGCCAGGGAGCACGCGCCGUCGAUCAUCUUCAUGGACGAAAUUGACAGCAUAGGGUCGGCUCGCAUGGAGUCAGGUAGUGGCAACGGGGACAGCGAGGUGCAGCGCACCAUGCUCGAGCUGCUCAACCAGCUUGACGGCUUCGAGGCCUCCAACCAGAUCAAGGUGCUGAUGGCAACCAACCGGAUUGACAUUCUGGACCCAGCGCUUCUCAGGCCUGGCCGUAUUGACCGCAAGAUUGAGUUCCCCAACCCAAGCGAAGAGUCUCGUGUGGACAUUUUGAAGAUCCACUCUCGCAAGAUGAACUUGAUGAGGGGCAUUGACCUUUCGAAGAUAGCUGCAAAGAUGAAUGGAGCGAGUGGUGCUGAGCUCAAGGCUGUUUGCACGGAAGCUGGCAUGUUUGCACUACGGGAGAGAAGGGUCCAUGUGACGCAGGAAGAUUUUGAGAUGGCAGUGGGGAAGGUCAUGAAGAAGGAUUCGGAGCAGAACAUCUGUCGCUCUGCCUGGACGUCGCGUCUCGGUAGUUUCAGUGCGUUCUCCUUCUCAUUUCAGUUACGUCACAACGCCAUGGCCCUCGCGUGCUCCAUGUCGUCAGCAACAUCCACAUUGAAGCUGUCCCUCGCUCCUCCCAGAACAGCCUCCACCACACGCCGAUGCACCGUCAUCUGCCAAGCCGAGCCCAUCCGGCGACCAGGACCCGUCGCUCCGCAAUCAGCGGACGCUCCAGCAGCCGCGGCUCCUGCCAGCCCAGCCUCCUCCGCAGCAGCGACGGUUCCGGCAGGCGUGACGGUGGAGUAUCAGCGGCAGGCUGCGAAGGAGAUGGUGGCGUAUUUUCAGGAGAAGAAGUACGAGCAGGACGUGCGGGACGGGAAGGUGCUCGGCUUUACCACCAAGAACGAGAUCGGCAACGGACGGUGGGCUAUGUUUGGUCUGGCAGUGGGUCUGCUCACAGAAUACGCCACAGGGGUGAACUUUCCAGACCAGCUCUACAUUCUGCUCUCCAAUUUCGGCAUUGUUGACUAA